AUAAAGACCUCAGAGUUUUUAUAUUUAAAAAUCAAUAAAUCAAAAUUCAAUAAAAAAAUUUAUUUAAAAAAAAAUAGUCAUCAUGUUACCUAUCAAGCCUACAUUAAAACUCGAUAUUAUUGGAAAUCUUGGAUUGCAACCUGAAAAGGCUACCGAUUACUUUGUGGAAUCUGUUCAACAAAACAAAUUAUUUGUAAAACCACCCAAUUGGGAUUCGCCUGGAAAUGGUGUCGAAUUGUUAGCUCUCCAAAAUGAACGGGAACACGUGAAAAUGCUUCAACUUCAAGAAGAAAUGCUUGACAAUGCAAGACGUCAAGGCAUAAUUAAUUCAAAUCGAAUUGAUGAGCUUUUUAGCUUACAAGAUCAAACUCGAAAACGUUUUAUUGAGGCAAAUAAUUUUUUCAAAGAUUGUGACGAAAAGAAAAAAUUCGCAGAGUCUAAGGUUUCUGAAGAGAAGCAACUUCAUGUUGAGUUGAAGAAAUCUAUAAAUGCUUACAAGAAUAAUAAUUGUAUUUUGUCUAAAUUUCGUGAGGUUCUUCAAAAAGUAGUUAAAGAUUUUGAACCAUUUGAGGUUGUUAUCCAAGAAGUUGUUUCUUCGCCAGAUAAUAAUUGGUCCUCAAUCAAGGAUUGUAUGGAUGGAUGUGAUGCAUUGAUGAUGACACAAGUCGAAGUAUCCGAACUUCAAAAGAAUAAACUUCAAGAAAUCGAAGAAAUACGGCUUCAAAUGAUAAAAAUAACAAACGAAGCUAUGCUCACAGUUCUAGGUCUUAAUAAUGAACUCUCUGAGCUCGAAAGGGCUUACGCACAGACCCGAUCUGAAUGCUUGAAGCUAGAAAAUAUAAUCGCAAAUACAAAAGAUUGUAUAAUUGAGAAUACAUUCACAAAGACUAGAAUAGUUGAUGAAAUUUAUAUCAUGUACAGAUUGCUGUGCAAACGUAGAGGUCUUAGUACAGUGAUAAACAAAGAUGAAAUUGAAAAGCUAUGCGACUUCAUAAAAGACGAAAUCGGAAUCAUUCAAGGUGUCAUAAAAGAAUGUGUAAAAACAAAAUAUAAUUGGACCAGAAGUAAAAGUAUGUCGGAAAUAUCUGGUCAUUGCGCCCAACAAAGUUUGAGCAUUGGAAAUACUUUGGUGUCAACUCUUUUGCAUACUCUACUCGCUGCUCAAUGUUCUAUAUCACCGCCUGAACUCUGGCCAAAAGAUUAUGGCCCAACGUACAUUGAAAAUGGCAGCGUAGAUACUUAUGACUUUGUAGUAAUUGGAGCUGGAACAGCUGGUUCUAUAGUUGCAAGUCGUCUAAGUGAGAAUCCGAAAUGGAAAGUCUUGGUACUGGAAGCGGGUGGAGAUCCUCCAAUCGAAACAAUGAUACCGGCUGUGUAUUUUAAUGUUCAACAUUCAAAGUAUAAUUGGAAUUAUUACACCGAACCGGAUGGUAAAAGCUGUAUGGGUUAUAAAAAUCAAGUCUGUUACUGGCCAAGAGGCAAAAUGAUUGGUGGCAGUGGGGCUAUCAAUGCCAUGAUGUAUGUGCAAGGAACAAAAGAAGAUUACGAUAAUUGGGAGCGCCAGGGAAAUCAAAAUUGGGCGUGGAAAGAUGUUCGUCCAGUAUUUGAGAAGUUUCUUCAGAGCAAUGAUUCCGAGUCAAAAGGUUCAGCCUGUGUUAACGAUUUCGGAGUAAACUAUUCCGAAAUUCGAGAGAUGUUAUUCAAUGGAGCUGAAGAAUUGGGUGUUCCCAAACUUGAAACUCUAAAAGAAGGUGCUUUUAUUGGAUACACUGCAUUAAAGGGAAACACUAAAAAUGGGGUUCGAGGAAGUACUGGUAAAAGUUAUCUAGCAAAGGGCAAAGAUAGACAAAAUCUUCAUGUGAUUAAGAAUGCUAUAGUUACGAAGAUUAAUUUUGAUGGUGAGGGAAAUCAAGUUACAGGGGUAACAUUUGUGUACAAUGAUCAACAAGAACUAUCAGUAAAGAUUGAUAAAGAAGUUAUUUUAUCGGCUGGAGCUAUAGAUUCUCCAAAAAUUCUUAUGCUCUCCGGAAUUGGACCAGUAGAACAUCUCGAAAGUAUUGGUAUACCAGUUUUAAGAAACCUUCAAGUCGGUGAUAAUCUUCAAGAUCAUGUUAUGGUUCCUAUAUUCUUCAAAGUUGAUGAAAGCAAAGUAAAAGCCGAAACAUUGCGAGACCAACUUGAUGCUACUUAUUUGUAUCUUGUUAAUCAAACAGGACCAUUGGCUACCACCGGGACUGUUCCCGUAACUGGAUUUAUAAAUUCAAAUGAAACUUCCAACAGUCCAUAUCCUGAUAUCUUAUUUCACAAUAUGUUUGCACAACGUGGAACUUCUGUAAUGGAAACAUGGCUUCAGGCUACUGAGGUAAACGAUAGAGUUGUUGAUCAAAUUCGUGAAAUCCACAAAGUCAGUCAUUUGUUUGUGGCUUUUGUAAAGCUUUUGAGACCAAAAUCAUUUGGAUAUAUUCAUUUGCAUAGUGCUGAUCCAAAGGAUCAUCCGAAAUUAUUUGCAAAUUACUUGGACCAUUCCGAAGAUAUUGAAACAAUUAUGAGAGGAAUUAAAUUCCAAAUGAAAAUGGAACAAACGGCAGCGUUCAAGGAACAAAAUGCUGAAAUGAUACAAAUAGAUCUACCUGAAUGCGAUAAGUUUGAGUUUAAAAGUGAUAACUAUUGGAAGUGUUAUAUGAAAUAUAUGUCAAAUACAGUUUAUCAUAUGGCAGGAACUGUCAAAAUGGGUCCAGAUUCAGAUUCUAGUGCUGUCUUAGACUGGAGAUUGAGAGUUAAGGGAGUAAAGGGAUUGAGAGUUGCUGAUACCAGUAUUAUGCCAAAUAUUGUUAGUGGAAAUACAAAUGGUCCAACAAUGAUGAUUGGAGAGAGAGCAGCUGAGUUUAUAAAUGAAGAUUGGAGUAAAACAAAUAAUGUCCAUACCGAGUUGUAA